UACACUGACCAACUUGUCUGUGUGCAGUGGUGUGAGCAUUCACUAGACCGAGAAUUCUCUCUCUAAAAAAUCGAGACUAUCAUACCGAUAUGUGCUGGAAGAAACAUCGGCACGCUUGGUAUUGGGAGGCCGGAGAGAAAAGACUUGUUUUUCAUUGUUUCGCUGAAUGGAGUCAUUGGAAAAAUUGCUAGCUACAGGCAAAUAACCUUCAAUGACUGGAGUUUCGAAGAAGAAAGCAAGUGAUUGUCACUGCUCCUGAAGAGGGUGGGACUGCGAUUGAAGUCGUUCACGGACUGGAGGAUCAUUACAGCCGUGGCGGCCCUGAGAGAUAUGGCGGAACGGCGGUUUUCUACCUCGCUCCUGUCGACUAUCAGUGUUUGGUGUGUGUUAGUGCUAACUGCGGAAGCACAGGCGACAGCAAGUCCCGCAGCAUGGGUCCAGUGCCCGUCGACACCGCAUCAGUACCAGUAUGUGAAUGUCAGCAUGAAGUUCUUAAUUGCAAUCUCAUAUUGCAAAAACAACCUUAUUGAUGCUCGUUUGGCCACACCAACAAAUGCAGUAGAGAACACGUGCAUAUCCCAGGUCAAGCCGGCAGUGUCCAUGUGGAUUGGUGUUUUUGUGAUCGGCAACAUAACCUACAACACACAGACCGGCAUGGCUACGGUGUACUCCAACUGGGGACCUGGGCAGCCGGAUGGCGCUGCUGUAACCCCCUGUGUAUCAAUGGUGGGUACAGGAGUGGGAACAGGUGAUAAGUGGGCGGUUGAUAAUUGCGAGUCGACGAAAGAUUUUGUCUGUCAAAGAACAGUAUGUGCAAGCCGUCCGAAUACCAUUGCCAACGGUGUCAUCACUGCGUACGGCACAGCCUACCCGAACAACAUCACUUAUCAAUGUAAUCCAGGAUACUUCAUUAGUGGGGUCGGAAACCAAAGUGUGACUGGAAGAUCAGUGUUUUGCAAGUUGGAUGGUAACUGGUCGACAACUGUUAUAUCAACGUGUUUCCCUGUCACUUGUCCAUGGCGAGGAACAACACUGGCGAAUGGGAACAUAACCACAUACAGUCGAUCUUACUCAGAAGGCAUAGUCUACAACUGCAGUGCUGGGUUCUACAUUAACGGAGCGUCAAGCUACACUAUAACAAGCCGUUUUUCCAAAUGUCAAGCAAAUAGGACCUGGUCCAGCCCUGCUCCAACUUGCACUGCUGUCAUUUGUCCAUGGCGAGGAACAACACUAGCGAAUGGUUACAUAACCGCAUACAGUCGAUCUUACUCGGAAGGCAUAGUCUCCAACUGCAGUGCUGGGUUUUACAUAAGCGGAGCGUCAAGCGACACUAUAACAAGCCAUUUUUCCAAAUGUCAAGCAAAUAGGACCUGGUCCAGCCCUGCUCCAACUUGCACUGAUCGGCCGGUUUCGUCAGCUUGCACCCCUAGCGGAAUCAUCACCCAUCCUGGUGCCGCCAAUCGAUAAUCUCUGUGUAAUUUAACGUGGAAGCCAACUUUCUCGUUACCAGAUCUGUAGCGACCAGCUUUGCCAGAAAAUUUGCCUACCUCGCGUUUAGCAGAUCAGUGAACCUAAACCCCUGCUGCCCUCUACAAACGACAUUGUGCUGUUUGUUACCCACCUAUUCCAUACACAACGCUUGCUGCUGUUUGUUUCUAUUUUUUGUCGGAAUGCUGCUAAUAUUGAGUGUUUGCACCCCCCCCCCCCCCCCACCUCACUGCUGUUCUUAGAGGUCUGGAUCGCAGUCAAGAAGACCCUAGCCCAAGAACACAGCUAGGAAUCCCGUGCUAGCCCUACACUGCGAGUGCUGUUGCUACCAACCAGUGGUACUCCUACUCGGCUCCAAUCAUCUAUGGGUCUAAGAGCACCGCCAACCCGCACUGAACAUGAAAAGGGUUGUCUCACAUUCCAAAGGAGUAAGGCUCUGGAGUGCGUUGCCCAGCGAGGUACGGGCCAUACUGCACCCGGCCCAAUUCCGCACUGCUUCUGGUCCACACAGCAUGAACCCUUGAAGUCAGACGGAUCACUAUCGCCAUAUUUUUAGUACAUGCCUGGCUGUUGGCCUGCCUGCCUGUCUCCCUCCCUGUUUCUCUGACAACCUACUUGUUAAUUCGUGCGCGUGUUUUCAGGCGUAAAACCUGUUGGUAAGGUCUCAGCCCUCGUUUGUUAGACUUUAUAAGUGUAGCUCUCUCUCUCUCUCUCUCUCUCUCUCUCUCUCUCUCUCUCUCUCUCUCUCUCUCUCUCUCUCUCUAUCUCUCUCUCUCUCUCUAUCUCUAUCUCUAUCUCU